UAUAUAUAUAUAUAUUGAUAUACUGAUAUAUACUGAUAUUGAUAUAUACAUUUAGUGAUAUAUACAUUUAGUGAAUUACCAUUAAUGGAAUAUGGGAUAUUGAUUCAAACAGUCACACCUGACAAUGAACAGGGUGGGUAAAAUCAAAACCAUAGAGACAUAAUAUAUUUAAAGAAUCUUAGGCGAAAGGAGGCCGCUGGUUUAUUACUUGUAAUGUUAGAAUUUUCUUUUUAAUCUAGGAAGAGGAGGGGCAGGCCUUAAACUGAAGUGCAUUUCUGCAAAAGCAAGUUCCCACAAGUAAAAAAGCUGUAAAGGAGGUACUCAGCAGCCCAUUCACUGUCAUCAGAGCAUAUCAAGGCCACACAGUCAUAGCUCUUCAGAUAAUGCAGAAAUCUGUUACUGGGAACAAAAACCCAUUGACGCAACUUCAGCAUUAGAAGUGAACAUUUUCAGUGUUAUCUCACACGCACAACUCUGUGGAUGGAGGCAGUGCUUCAGAUUGAGCACCCACCCAGAAAAUGAAAUGCAAUAGAGGAAGUAGGAGCAGCCAGACUCAACUGCUCCACAUGUGCAACUGACUAUUCUUACUCAGAGAUGCUUUCAGUGAACUAACCCACCACAGGAUAGGAGAGGAGUGUAGGGGGUCAACUGGAAACAGUGUGAGAGGAACAGGAAGUGGUAAGCAGAGCGAGCUACCCGGUAAAACAUGAGGCUUGUCUGUUCCUCUUGACACUGCCUGUACAUCAUCGCAGCAUUUUUCCAAAUAUAGAAUUAUCAGGCUUUGAUAUGUAUCUAACUUAAAUCUGGAGAGAGGAUCUUCAGCCCAUUCCUGCCCGGCACCUGUUUGAUUGUUUGGAGGCGAAAUGACACAAAAAGGUGGUGGGACUGCGAAUGGUACCACGAAGAAGGUACAAGAACUUAAAAUUGUGAUAGUGGGAGAUGGAGGCUGCGGAAAAACAUCACUUCUGAUGGUUUAUGCUAAAGGGGACUUUCCAGAGAAAUAUGCACCAUCAGUGUUCGAAAAAUAUGUUACCACUAUCUCUGUCGGAGGGAAAGAGAUAAAGCUCAACCUGUAUGACACAGCUGGACAGGAUGACUAUGACAGACUGAGGCCACUUUCAUACCAAGAGGUUGAUCUGGUUCUGGUCUGCUUUGAUGUGACCAACCCCACCAGCUAUGAGAAUGUCAUGAUAAAGUGGCACCCAGAGGUAAAGCACUUCUGUCGGGACACGCCGGUCAUCCUGAUUGGCUGCAAGACUGACCUCAGGAAAGAUAAAGAGUGUGCGAGGAAGCUCAAGGCCUUGGCUCAGGAUCCCAUCACUUACAUACAGGGUGAGGAGACCCGGCAGCAGAUGAAUGCAGAGCUCUACCUCGAGUGUUCAGCAAAGUAUCAAGAGAACGUGGAAGACAUUUUCAGGGAGGCCACCAAAAGAACUUUGGCCUUCAAUAAAAAACAAAAAAAACACAAGAGGAAGAAGCAAUGUGUCAUUUUGUGAAACCAAAAGAACAGCUGAUUCUUGAGGACUUCACUGAAGAAAACCACUCAUUCACUUUAAGAGUUGUUGGAUUUUCAGAGACCAAAGAUGAUGUGGAAACAGCUGUAUGACCUCUGGCUCAAAGAGCAACCGCUAGUCCCUGCAAGUUUGGGCCUCAUUGCGUCAUUAGCCCACAAGAAAAAUGACUAAUGACGUAACAGGAAAGACAAUUUUGCAAGAAGCAGCAGAGUGAUGUGCACCUUGAAACGCCUUCUGUCAAUGUAUGUAAAAAAAAAAAACUUCUAUGAGACAUUUGUAGCAUUUUUUAUAUUUCUUUCUGAUAAAAAACAUUUGUACUGUUUACAGACCUGUGUUACUGUAAUGUGUUUCUACUGGGGGAAAUCUAACUGUUAGUUCUUGUAUUGAAAACAAGCUGAACCAAGAGGGGUUUAAAAAAAAAAGUUUAUUCAGCUGGAGAACAGGAGAUCUCUCAGCACAAAGGGACACCUCGUCCUUCACAAAAAUUCAAAUAAAAAGACAAACAUACACUUUGCAAAAUAUGUGGUUUUCACUGCACAUGAAAGGUCAGGCCACAAAACAGUAACCCUGACAAAGUCUCUAUUGUAAUCUAAAAAAGUACAAUAUUUGCCUCUGAGAUGCAGUGGAGUAAAAGUAUAAAGCCUGGCAAUAGUCAAGUACCAGGAUUUCAAAUUUGUACUCAGGCCUUAAGUAAUAUACUUACAUUCAAUAUAUAAUGGUACUGCAGCUUUAACAGUCUUGAGGAAAAAACGUGGUCAACACCCAACAGGGUUAGUUCAUUUCCAGUAAAACAAAACACUGAACUAGAAUUUGUUUUGGAGCUGUGCCAACCUGAAUGCAGGGGGCUCAUUAUCUUUACCAACAGCGCCCACUAGUGUUGGAAACACUGCAUGUGUACAAUCUCUGCACAAUUCAAGGUUUUUCCACUGAAAAUGCAAUUAAGUUCUGUCCCAUUGCACAAGAAACCAAGAAACACAGAAAUAGUUUU